AUGUACCAGCAGUUUGCUAACCUGAAAGUUCCUGAUUUGUGUCAAGUGUUCAUGCGGGCUCUUGCUGCCCUCCUGACUGUUGAACAUCCUUUACCCAGUGACAGAAAGCUCAGUCAUGACUCAGACUUGGACAGGAUGACUUGGGGGGGCAAAGUCAGCUCUGCCGGCAGCGCCGCCGUCGCCAGCCGCGAGCUCGAGGAACGGCGUGCGCAGCAGGAGGACAUCGAGGAGCUGGAGACCAAGGCAGUGGGGAUCUCCCCCGCACGCCGCUUCCUCAAGUUCGACAUCGAGAUCGGCAGGGGCUCCUUCAAAACUGUCUACAAGGGGCUGGAUACGGAGACCACUGUGGAAGUUGCCUGGUGCGAGCUGCAGGAUCGGAAACUGUCCAAGUCAGAACGACAAAGAUUUAAAGAGGAAGCUGGGAUGCUGAAAGGGCUCCAGCAUCCCAACAUUGUCCGGUUCUAUGAUUCCUGGGAGUCUACAGUCAAAGGAAAAAAAUGUAUUGUUCUUGUGACGGAACUCAUGACAUCUGGAACACUGAAAACGUAUUUGAAAAGAUUUAAAGUGAUGAAAAUCAAAGUGCUACGAAGCUGGUGCCGUCAGAUACUGAAAGGCUUGCAAUUUCUACACACGCGCACUCCUCCCAUUAUCCACAGAGACUUAAAAUGUGACAACAUCUUCAUUACCGGCCCCACUGGAUCCGUCAAGAUUGGAGACCUGGGUCUGGCGACUCUGAAACGAGCUUCUUUUGCCAAAAGUGUGAUAGGUACCCCAGAGUUCAUGGCCCCCGAGAUGUAUGAGGAGAAAUACGAUGAAUCCGUUGAUGUAUAUGCUUUUGGGAUGUGUAUGCUAGAGAUGGCCACGUCUGAGUAUCCUUAUUCUGAGUGCCAAAAUGCUGCGCAGAUCUACCGACGAGUGACCAGU